UCAACAUCUCUGUUUAGCAUCACUCUCCCAUAGCAGCCGAUUCCACCUGCCUGCUCCGGCCGCUGCUGCAGGCAGGGGGUGGAAACGUACGGGACCUCAGCAUCCACUGACUGACUUCACUGACCUGCAGAUAUGGCCAGCCAGCAGGACUCGGGUUUCUUUGAGAUCAGCAUCAAGUCCCUGCUGAAGUCCUGGAGCAGCACUUCACCAGGGUACAGCAAGCCUCCUGUCCCGCCGGUUUGCUGCUCGCAGGGUGAAAAGGGCCCGCCCGCCAUGAUGCCCAUCAGCGUGGACCCAGAGAGCCGGCCGGGCGAAUACGUGCUCAAGAGCCUCUUCGCCAACUUCACCACCAUCUCUGAGCGCAAAAUACGGAUCGUCAUGGCCGAACCGUUGGAAAAACCUCUGGUAAAGUCUCUUCAGAGGGGUGAAGAUCCACAGUUUGACCAAUUGAUCAGCACAAUGAGUUCUCUGGCUGAGUAUUGCCUGCCAUCUAUCUUGCGCACCCUGUUUGACUGGUACAAAAGACAGAAUGGAGUUGACGAUGAAUCCCAUGAGUACAGACCACGUUCAAAUACAAAGCCCAAAAAUGAUGAGCAGCAGAAAGAUUAUCUGCUGGAGAGGAGAGACCUAGCCAUCGACUUCAUCUUCUCUCUCGUGCUCAUAGAGGUUCUCAAACAGAUGCCCCUCCACCCAGUUGUGGAUGGUUUGGUCCAUGAAGUCAUUAAUUUGGCUUUUAAGCACUUUAAAUAUAAAGAGGGGUAUCAUGGUCCCAACACUGCCAACAUGCAUAUUGUAGCUGAUCUCUAUGCAGAAGUAAUUGGAGUCUUAGCACAAGCAAAAUUUCCUGCUGUUAAAAAGAGGUUCAUGAGUGAGCUGAAGGAGCUCCGUCAAAAGGAGCAGAGCCCAUACGUGGUCCAAAGCACCAUCAGCCUCAUCAUGGGCGUGAAGUUCUUCCGGGUGAAAAUGUAUCCUGUAGAGGAGUUUGAAGCCUCCUUUCAGUUCAUGCAGGAAUGUGCGCAGUAUUUCCUGGAAGUGAAGGACAAAGACAUCAAGCAUGCUUUGGCUGGACUCUUUGUGGAAAUUCUAGUUCCUGUAGCAGCGGCUGUUAAGAAUGAGGUGAAUGUUCCUUGUUUAAGGAACUUUGUGGAGAGCUUGUAUGAUACCACCUUGGACCUUUCAACAAGAAAGAAACAUUCUCUGGCUCUGUACCCACUAGUGACAUGUCUACUGUGUGUCAGCCAAAAGCAGUUCUUCCUCAACAGAUGGCAUGUCUUUCUCAACAACUGCCUCUCCAAUCUGAAGAGCAAGGACCCUAAAAUGGCACGGGUAGCACUAGAGUCCCUCUACCGACUGCUGUGGGUCUACAUGAUUCGCAUCAAAUGCGAGAGCAACACUGCGACACAGGGCCGCCUCAACUCGAUUGUGACGAACCUGUUCCCUAAAGGAUCCCGCAGCGUAGUUCCUAAAGACAUGCCUCUCAAUAUAUUUGUUAAGAUUAUCCAGUUUAUUGCACAGGAAAGACUUGACUUUGCAAUGAAAGAAGUCAUUUUUGACCUACUGUGUGUUGGGAAACCUGCAAAAGCCUUUAGUCUUAAUCCAGAGAGAAUGAAUAUAGGUCUCAGAGCAUUCCUGGUCAUUGCUGACAAGCUGCAGCAGAAAGAUGGUGAUCCCCCCAUGCCGAACACAGGGGCCACGCUCCCUUCUGGAAACACACUACGAGUCAAAAAGACAUUCCUGAGCAAGCCUCUGACUGACGAUGAGGCCAAAGUCAUAGGAAUGUCCAUCUAUUACCCCCAAGUGCGGAAAGCUUUAGACAACAUCCUCAGACACUUGGAUAAGGAGGUUGGCCGCUGUAUGAUGCUGAGUAACGCACAGAUGCUGAAUAAGGAACCCGAGGAUAUGAUUACGGGCGAGAGGAAACCUAAGAUUGACCUCUUUAGGACAUGCAUGGCCGCCAUUCCACGCAUCCUUCCCGAUGGCAUGUCCAAGUCAGAGCUCAUAGACCUUUUGGCUCGCUGGAGGGACUUCUGCUCUUUAUUACAGAGUAGCUCUGGCUCCAGACUGCCUGCUGAACGGACCCCUCACUCCACAGUCUUGCAUGCUGUUGAGGGUCUCGCUUUAGUGCUACUGUGCUCCUGCCAGACAGGCACACGCAAACUAGCUGUGUCCAUCCUUCGAGAGGUCCGCCAAAUCUUCCUCACCAUUGGGCAGACUGAGGAAGAUGAAAGGCCCAUGAUAGAUGUACUGGACCAGCUGAGCCCAGUGGUGCUCGAGAGCUUUGCCCACGUGGCGGUGGCUGACUCGGCGUCUCUCCCCGCUGGGCAGCAUGCGGACCUGCAGUGGCUGGUGGAGUGGAACGGAUCUCUGGUCGGCAGCCACUAUGACGUGCGGAGCCCAUCUCGUGUGUGGAUCUUGGCACAGUCUCUGAAGGAACCCUGGGCUCUGUGCCUCUUCAGCCUUCUGAGACAGGAGUACCUGCCCAAGCACUGUCCCACAGCGCUCAGCUACGCCUGGCCCUACGCCUUCACCCGCCUGCAGCUCCUCAUGCCUUUACUCGAGCCCAGCAACCCAGUGAACGCCAAGAAGACAAGCUCAGCUGGUUCAGCGGACACUUAUGUUUCUCUCUGGAGAAACUAUCUGAUUCUGUGUUUUGGCGUGGCCAAACCCAGCAUCAUGAGCCCGGGUCAUCUUCGAGCUUCCACCCCUGAGAUCAUCACUCCCAGUACAGACAGCAACAGCAGCUACGACAACAAGAUCCUGGGCACUCCGUCUGUGGCCUGGCUUCUGAAGCAGUUGGUCCCUCUGAUGCGUUCAGAAAGCAUUGAGAUCACAGAGUCUUUGGUGCUCGGAUUUGGCCGCACAAACUCACUCGUUUUCAGAGAGCUGGUUGAGGAACUGCAUCCUUUGAUGAAGGAAGCUUUGGAAAGACGACCUGAGAAUAAAAAACGGCGAGAGAGAAGAGAUCUGCUGAGACUCCAGCUCCUCAGGAUCUUUGAGCUGCUGGCGGAUGCCGGUGUCAUUAGUGACAGCACUAAUGGAGCGCUCGAACGUGAUACCCUGGCCCUGGGCGCUCUCUUUCUUGAGUAUGUGGACCUGACCCGGAUGCUUCUGGAAGCUGAGAAUGACAAAGACAUGGAGAUUCUCAAAGACAUCCGAGCUCACUUCAGCGCCAUGGUGGCCAACCUCAUACAGUGUGUCCCAGUGCAUCAUCGACGUUUCCUCUUCCCUCAGCAAAGCCUUCGGCACCAUCUCUUCAUCCUUUUUAGCCAAUGGGCUGGACCCUUCAGUAUCAUGUUCACGCCCCUGGAUCGCUAUAGUGACCGGAACCAUCAGAUCACUCGAUACCAGUAUUGUGCUCUUAAGGCCAUGUCGUCUGUCCUUUGUUGUGGUCCCGUGUUCGACAACGUAGGGCUCUCUCCUGAUGGCUACCUCUAUAAGUGGCUGGAUAACAUCCUUGGCUGUCAAGAUCUGCGGGUGCAUCAGCUGGGCUGUGAGGUGGUGGUUCUUCUGCUGGAACUUAACCCAGAUCUGGUGAAUCUGUUGAACUGGGCCGUGGACCGAUGUUACACCGGCUCCUGCCAGCUGGCCUCUGGUUGCUUCAAAGCCAUCGCAACUGUCUGUGGUAGCAGAAACUACUCCAGUGAUAUUGUGACUCUGCUGAACCUUGUUCUCUUCAAAGCGUCUGACACGAACAGGGAGAUCUACGAGAUCGCUAUGCAAUUAAUGCAGAUUCUAGAGGCCAAGCUGUCUGUGUAUUCUAAGAGGAUUGUGGAACAGAAAAGUGGUGCUAUCCUGUAUGGGACACACGGGCCUCUUCCACCUCUCUACAGUCUCUCUGUAUCCCAGCUUUCAAAGCAGCUUGCCAGAAUGUACCCUGAACUCACCUUGCCCCUUUUCUCAGAGGUGAGUCAGAGGUUUCCCACCACUCAUCCAAACGGGCGUCAGGUCAUGCUGACCUACCUGCUCCCUUGGCUCAGUAACAUUGAGAUGGUAGAUGGAGGCCUGCUGUCCACGGUCUCGAGUCCAAGCAGCUCUGGGGACAACAGGACGGGAUACAGUCACAACACCUCAGCACCUCACCCUCUUCGAGGCACAGGCUGGGGGUCGCUGCAGGCCUCCUCCUUGGUCCUAAACAACCUCAUGUUCAUGACUGCAAAGUAUGGUGAUGAUGUCCCAGGUGCAGAAAUGGAAAAUGCUUGGAACGCUCUGGUCAGUAAUGAACGAUGGACUAAUAACCUGCGGACCACCCUGCAGUUCCUCAUCAGCUUAUGCGGAGUCAGCAGCGACACCUCUCUUCUGCCUCAUAUUAAGAAGGUUGUGAUCUACCUUUGUCGCAACAACACCAUUCAAACCAUGGAGGAGCUGCUUUAUGAACUUCAGCAGACAGAUCCUGUGAACCCCGUAGUGGUGCACUGUGACAAUCCUCCGUUCUACCACUUUUCAGCCACAAGCAAAAUUGCCACCACCACUUCUGGUAACGGCUGCUGGGCACCGCUGGUCGACUAUCUACCUGAAACAGUCACCCCACGAGGACCUCUCCACAGGUGUAACAUAGCAGUGAUCGUCAUGACAGAGCUGGUGGUGGAUCACAGCGUGAAGGAGGACUGGGCCCUGCACCUCCCUCUACUGCUCCAUGCCUGUUUCCUGGGUAUGGACCACUACCGCCCGGAGGUGUUUGAACACUGUAAGAGGCUUCUCUUGCACCUUCUCAUCACGUUAUCUUGCAACAACAAUUUCAGCCUCAUUGCCUCUGUUCUACUAAACACCAGAGAUGCCAACAGCAACAAGAGCCUGACUUUCAAACCCAUCCACCAGCCUGAGUUCUACACAGGUGGUGUGGACUUCUUGCGGAAUGGCCAGGCAUCUCCGGUUCCAGAUUCUGGCCUCAGUUCCUCCUCUGCCUCGUCCAGCCUGAGCCUUGGAGGCAGCAGCUCCAACCUGCCUCACCUGGCCCAGGAAGAGGUGGAGCAAAUGGAGAGCAGCACUGAAGAUGACGAGAAGAGCAGCAAACUCAUCGAGUUUCUCACUACCAGACCUUUUGGACCAUUGUGGAGCCAUGAAGACAUCACUCCAAAGAAUCAACACUCAAAGAGUACCGAGCAGCUUACCAACUUCCUGCGACAUGUAGUUUCUGUAUUCAAAGAGUCCAAAUCAGACAUUAGGCUUGAGCAGCAGUUGAGUGAAGUGGCAUUGCAGAUGGCUCUGUGCAGCUCCUCCAGACAUUACGCUGGACGUUCCUUCCAGGUGUUCAGAGCUCUACGGCAGCCCCUCUCAGCGCUGGCUGUGUCCGACCUGCUUUCACGCUUGGUGGAGGUAGUCGGGGAGCCCGGGGAGGAGGUUCAGGGUUAUGUAAUGGAGCUUCUCCUCACUCUUGAGUCAGUGGUGGAUAAUCUAGCCGAGUGCCUGAAGAACAAUGACUUCUUUGUCAUACUACGGGCAUCUUCACCAGAUCUUCCAUCCAGCAGCAAGUUAACACUAAACCGUAAAAGCACCAGUCAGCUGGACCUGAUCCCAGGAUCAGGCACUGCUUCUGAGCGAAUACGCCACCAGCGUAGCUACUCUGUACCCAAGCGCUUUGGCGAGGUUGAGCGUUCCUCUGAGGUUCCCCGGAGUGCCACCUUGGACCGCAUCCACCUUCAUCAGAGCAAUAUCUCCAAGCUCCGAUCCCUGUCCUCAUCCUCCUCCAGAGACAACGUGGUCUCCACCGACCCGACCAAUGCCAACCAUCCUCGCAACCUGCUGGCCAGCAUUUUUUGGGCAGUGGUGUCACUCAUGGAGUCAGACUUUGAGUUUGAGUACCAGAUGUCCCUCAGGUUGUUAGGGAAGCUGCUAGGCCACAUUUCAUUGGAUAAGCAGGAAUACAGAGAGAAGCUGGAGAAGAUCCAGAUCCAGUUAAAAUGGAAGGAGUUCUCUGGGCUUCAGCAGCUGCUUCUGAAGGGCUUCACCUCUGCAAACACUACAGAACUCACCUUGGAGAUGUUCAGCCAGCUCACGCCCGUCUCACGCCUACCUGUGGUAGACACCUCACAAGUCAUAGGUUUCCCAUUAAACGUGCUCUGCCUCAUCCCCCAUCUUGUGUUACACUUUGACUCACCUACUCAAUUCUGUAAGGACGUGGCUGAGAGAAUUUCCCAGGUUUGCCUUGAGGAAAAGAACUCCAAGCUGUCCAACCUUGCCCAUGUGAUGACAUUGUACAAAACGCACACCUAUACCCGUGACUGCUUCUCUUGGGUCAAUGUGGUGUGCCGCUACCUGCAUGAAGCGUUCAGUGACAGCACACUCAGCAUGGUUACUUACAUGGCGGAGUUGCUGGAGAAAGGAUUACCCAGCAUGCAACAAACUCUUCUGCAAAUCAUCUACAGUCUACUGAGUCACAUGGACCUGAGUGCUAUUCAAGCCAAACUCUUCAACAUGGAGGUUCUAACAACCAUAGAGAAGUUUGUUCAGACUGCACACUGGAAGGAAGCCUUGAACAUAUUAAAGCUGGUGGUCUCCCGCUCGGCUAGUCUGGUUUCGCCUUUGUCCCCGCAGAGUAACGCAUCCACUGUGGAUGUCAGGCGUGUUUGGGACACACCCUCCAAAGCCCUCCCUGGAAAGACCCUUGACUUUCACUUUGACAUUUCAGAGACACCGGUGAUUGGCCAGCGAUAUGACGAGCUUCACGGUUCUCCGAGGCAAGAUGGGAAGAAUGGAGGAGGGGUUACCGUGACACGCAGUACCUCCUCUACAUCCUCGGGCUCUUACCAAAACAACCACGUGCUGGUGCCUGUCAGCUGGAAACGACCACAGUCCUCACAGAAAAGAACUCGUGAGAAGUUGGUGAAUGUAUUAACCUUGUGUGGCCAAGAAGUUGGACUCACCAAAAACCCAUCUGUGAUUUUCUCAUCCUGUGGGGAACUGGACCUGAUUGAGCACCAGCCCAGUCUGGUGUCCUCUGAGGACGGCACACGGGACACCGAAAACAUGGAUGACACCACUUCAGAACAGCAGUUCUGUGUGUUUAGGGACUUUGACUUCCUGGAUGUGGAACUGGAAGAUGGAGAGGGUGAGACAGCUGACAGCUUUAACUGGGGUGCGCGGAGGCGUUCCAUUGACAGCCUGGACCAGGCUGAAGCCCAACCAAUGGAGGAGGACAGCCAGCUCUCAGGAAGUUCACCAAGCCUGUGUCCAAUCGUCCAUGAUGAUUCUGACGAGUCUUCUGAGGAAGAGUCCCUCACAGCCAGCCAGAUUCUCUCAGCUUCACAACUAAAUGUCAGCCUGUCUCCUACUGAGGAACUAAACCCCAUGGACUCCCCUCCCAUCUCCUUUGACAACACUCAAGCUGACCCAAUUCCUCUUUCCACCCCAACGCCCAGCUUUGAGAUCUCAGCACCCGAGGGCUCGAACCAUCGGGCUGAGGAUUCGGCUGAAGAAGAAGAAGCCAUUGUUAAUGAGGACGAUAUCUCACUCUGCAUUUGCGAGUCGCCGCCUGCCUUCAGUAGUUCUGACAUUCUAACAGCAGGCACAUCCCAGAGGGAAAACAACGUCUUUACUGACAACGAGACAUGUUGUGUACCCAGUGGGUUUGGAGACCAGCAGAGCUCUGUGGCACAGGCAGAGGAGGAAAAGGAAGAGCUGUUGCUAGAGUCUCGUUCCUCCCCUCCGCCUUCUCCCUUUUUCUCCGCCAUCCUGGCCGCUUUCCAGCCGACUGUGUGCGAUGAUGCUGAGGAGGCUUGGCGCGAUCAUCUCAGCCAGUUGGUGGCUGACUCGGAUGGUUCCUGUGCAGUUUACACCUUCCAAGUCUUCUCCUCACUCUUUCAGAGUAUACAGGCCAAGUUCUGCACCUUGACUUGUGACGCUGCUGGUUACCUUGGCGACGGCCUUCGUGGAAUUGGAGCGAAGUUUGUAAGGUCAUCCCAGAUGCUGACAUCCUGCUCCGAAUGUCCCACGUUGUUUGUCGAUGCAGACACUAUUGUGUCUUACGGGCUCUUGGAGAAGAUGAAGUUUAGUGUGUUAGAGCUGCAGGAGUAUCUAGAGACCUACAACAACAAAAAGGAGGCAGUCAUAUCAUGGCUACGCAACUGCAAGGCCAGUUUCCCCAAAUUCACUGGAGAUGGAGUGAUCACCCAUCAGCCUGCUGAAAUGGAAGAGAAGCAACUGGAGCUUUGUCAAAGACUCUACAAACUCCACUUUCAACUGCUGCUGCUUUUUCAGUCUUACUGUAAACUUAUUGGCCAAGUUCACACUAUAAACUCUGUACCAGAGCUGCAGAACAUAUCCAGAGAGUUGAGUGAGUUGAGAAGUAACCUGAGGGCAGCAGCAGCCUCAGUGGCCAAUGAGUCCGCAGCUGAGCCAAGAGAACCCACCACUGAAUCCCCCUUCAGCUCCUCUGAGGCUGCUGUGCAGGCCAUUCUAGAGAGCCUGAAAACCAACGAGUUCUCCAGAGCCAUCCGUUACAUACAGGAAUGCAGGAAAAUGUGGCCAAGUGACAUCUUCGGCAGCAGCUCCGAGAAUGAGAUUCAGACUCUACUCAACAUCUAUUUCCGGCACCAAACUCUGGGUCAGACAGGAACCUUUGCCCUGGUCGGUUCAAAACAAGACCUAUCUGAGAUAUGCAACCGACUCACUGAGCUCAACUGCGAGAUCCGAGACAUGAUUCGAUGGGCACAGGGCUACCGGGCCAUCACUGCCUUCCUUCCUGACUCCAGCGUGACCGGCAUCAGCCUUUGAGUUGAACUUUAGGCCGGCAUUGGCCUUCUUUCCACCACUCCUGUCUGAAGUUGCUGCUGCCUUCACUGUUCUUCCCUAGUGCACUCAUUACUGUCCUGCCUCUGCUUACCUUAAGAGCAUCAAGGAUGUACAGCUAAUAUAGCUUGGAAAAAUGCAACAGGGGACAGAAAAAGAAGUUGAAUCCUUGGCUUCUUUGCACUACUAUGUAUGUAAGGGGCCGCCCCUGCCUCUGAAAUGGGGCCUCUAUCACUGCAGGCAUCAAAGGUAUACCAAAGCUCCAUGAAUGGCUCCUCCUGCCCACGUCUACCAUUAUACAUGUAACGGGAAAAUGUGCAAUGCCUCACACCAAGUGAAACUUUUCAUCUUAGAGAGAAUGUUUUAAAAUUUCAGUGCUCUCAGCUACUUGAUGAUACAUAAAUGUUCUAUUCUUGCUUUUUUAUUUCAAAUAAAAACGGAAAGCUGUUGAUAAUGUGGCUUUUUAAAAAAAUGUUUAAAAAGAUCAGACUUUUCACAGUGCGCACCCAUGCCUUGGCUUUUAUCUGUACAGACAGAAUGUCUCGAACACAAUGCAAUGCUAUAGUCAGAGAGACCUGGAUGCAUAAAGGGGUCAUCCAGCACUUAUUUAUGAAUGGGGGUUUGGUUUUACUAAUGUGUUUCUACUGUUUAGUUGCUCCUAGAAGGUUUAUUUAUAUUCUUAAAAGGAAGAUCACGUAAAAUAGUAUAGUUUUUUAGGAUGGAAUUAUGUCUAUUCUGUCUAUUGAAAUGGCCAAGCAUUCAAAGGUAUGUACAAUAAGACUAAAUAGAUAUAUUUAUGGAAUAAGAAAUUAUUUUAAAUGAAAGAUUUGUACAUAGUAGGAGUGUAGCCCAGACUUGUAAGAUUUUAUUUUUAUGGUUUUAUUUUGCUGUCUGCUGUAUAAAAAGUGUGCAUGCAAUAAAUAGAUCAAUAAAUAAUAUUAAU